UAUGUUUACAUUUUUACGCAAUCCUUGUUUUUGUCUUACACAACAGAGGAUAUAUCGUUCGUACAUUAUUUUCAAGUUGUGCAUUGUCGAAUUUUCUUGUCAGUUGAUCGUUUAUCGUUUUUGCAGUGCGAAUCCUUACUCCAGCGUGAACGGCUUCUUUUGCCGCAAAAUGCGCUGGUGCCAGUUCAAAUUAGGAGUGCUGCUUCUUGUAGCAGCCUCUAUUUUUUGCACCAAAGCUGAUCAUGUCGCCGAUGAACCAAUCGUGGCGACUGAUUCAAUUAACGAGUCGGACGCGGUUUUCCUUGGUCUUGGAAAAACCGUGAAUAUCGUUGAACCAAGUUUAACAACUUUUACCAACCCUGAAGUUACCGAGGUCAAAGAUGGUUUUCAACAAUCAAUACAUCUACCAUACGAACAUGUAAGCGAUAGGGCUUAUUGGGAUUCGAUUUAUGGUACGGACGAUAUACCGGAAUUUGAUACACCGCCGGAAAUACAAGGAGACACUAUCAUAUUGAGAAGUAUCAACAAGGAAGUGGAUGGCGUCGAUAACGUCGCAUUUCCAUUUACAAAGCGAUCAACAGAUCCAGGAAAUCUUGAACGUACUGAAAAUGAUGAAGACAUGAUAGAUCAUCAGUGGAAUAUAAACGGGAAGCGAAGUAACCCAAGAGUGCAAACUUACAGAGAUGAUCGUUCUUAUCGUAGGAAUCCAUUUUCACCAGAUUACUACGAGGAUCAAGAAAAUCCAAGAAUCGCAAGACAAUUCGAAUCCGAUUCGACGAUUGUACAACCGGAAAAAAAUUUCAGAAAUGACUUUGAUCUACGUGAUUUUGAAAAUAUGCAAAUAAUGCGUGAGAGCAAUCGUCCGAUGCGUACAGUACCUUUAGGAACUUAUUCACAUCACACGAAACACGUUCCACGGCUGAACGCUCCAAAAACAACCUACAGAAGUGUAGCAGCGAGUGCAAAAGCAUUUGCAGGAUCAUCGAGAAGCAAUGGAGGUUCAUCCUUUGUCGAUGAAAUUGCUGAAAAAUCAGAUGCAUAUGCAAAAAGUGAAGCUUCUUCUUCAGGCACAAUCAUUAUUGGUGGUCCACGAGCAAGCUCAGGCACGAGUCCAGUGACAGAAUCAUCAAAAUAUUAUAUUUUAGAUGGUUCCGAUAGCAGCAAACUCGCUAGCAGCAGUACGGCCAGUGCAAUUUCGAGGGAAAGUGAAAAAAGUAUUUCCAACUACGGAUACAGGAGGAAUAUGCAAUUGAGGCCAAAACACGGCACGACACAUUCUCAUGUAGGAAAUUUGCACAAGCUGUUUGUUAAUCAUCCAGGAUGUGGUUGUUCCAAAAAAACGGUCAUUCAAGAUCAAGGAUCUUUAAUUGUUUCCGAUAAGAAAACUAGCAUCAAGCAUAUGAUCGAUACUCAAUCAACGAUCAGUAGCGCACAUGCAUCUGCUUCGUCCCAAGUAAAUAUGAAUCAAGCUCUAAGUGCUGAAUCCGCUUAUUCAGGUGCAAAACAAAAUUUGGACUUGGAAGCAGGACAAUUAAAUGACGUAUCAGUGAGUCAGGCUAGUGCCAGUGCAACGGUCGUAGAAGCACAAGAGAGUCAGACUGGAAUUAGUGGAACAAUCGGCACUCAGGAAGCUGUAAGCCAAUCGAUCCGUAAAAGCGCACAAGCGUCUGCUGCUUCUGAACAUCAUGAAUCGAUAAGCGGAUCAGCGACUGAUCGAACUCAAAUUUCAUCAGUGAACGAAGGAUCGGUAAUUCCGUUUGUCAAAGAUUCGGUUCAUCUCGGUUCAAGUAUUGCUGGUGGAGCAGUCAGUGCUGGCGUAACUGAUGUUAUUGAUAGAGCAAGUAGUCAAGCAAUUGGUACAAAGGAGAAUGUUCUAUCCGGUUCUUCAUGCGCGAGUGGUCUCAUCAGCGGAUCAGAAUUGAGUACGUCCAGCUCUGGUGCUAGUGCAAUUUCGGUAAGUGAUAAAAUAACGACUAGCAAUCAAGAGGUGGUUGGCUCAAAAGUCCAAAGUACAGCUUAUGUGGUUAAUGACGUGAAGUCUGGAACGAUGAACGAAGAAUCAAUCAUCAAUUCUGCAAGGGAUGCUGGUCGAGUUGUGCAGGAACAUCAAGAAUUUGAUAGCGCAGGUCAGACUAUUGUUAAUUCUGAAGUAAACGCAGUUGCUGAAGCAGGAAGUGCAGCAAGUCAUGUUGCAGAAUCAUCUGCACAUGCAGCAGGUUCGGUGCUUGUUGAAUCAGCACGGACGUUUGUUAAACCAACAUCCGCUCUGAUUGGCUCACAUCGGGCCGUCAUUGCACCACAUUCUGUUUUAGUUAAUCCAGUUCCUGCUGUUGUUGGGGGAGCAGCGAGCUUAGCAACCUCAGCUGUCGGCUCAUUGGCCAAUGUAGCACAAGAAAUUCUUCGAGCUAAGGAAGGCGUUGUCAACAAUAUUGCACACGCUCCAGAGUAUGUUAUUGUUGACUCUGAUUUGGUCAGUGAUGAGGAUUGCGACGAAAAUCAUGUUGACGUCAUUGUUGAUGAUAUAAUUGAUGAACAACCUUAUUCUGUGAACCUACCUGCGCACCCUGGACAGUAUAUUGGUUAUGAUCAAAGAAUUGGAGCCGCAACUGCAGCGAACAGGUUCAUUGGUUCUAAUGUAAGAACUGGAGGACAUGUACGAACAGCAUUGUUAACUGAUAAAAGUGUUAUCAGCUCAGCAGAUGCGAGUAGUCGAGUUUCCGUUGCCGGCAGUGCAGCAGGUGCAGACUCGGUGGCGACUGCUAAUCAAGUAUUAAUUGAUAACAACUUAAGAUCGGCUAAUGCUGCUGGAAAUAUUGCACAAUCCAGUGCAGUAGCAGGAAGUGCAGCUGCAGUUGAAACUUCAAAAAUAUCUCUAGGAUCAGCAGCACAUAGUGUAGCUGCAGCAAGUGCAACUGCAGUUGCAGCAUCUGAAGUAUCCGCUGGAACGUCAGUGCAUAGUUCAACUAAAUCAAGUGCAUCUGCAGUUGCAGCAUCUGAAGCAUCCGCUGGAACGUCAGUGCAUAGUUCAACUAAAUCAAGUGCAUCUGCAGUUCAAGCAUCAGUUGAAUCAGCAUUGACAAGCUCCGCCCAUGUCGCCAGCGCUGAACAACAAAUUGUGAAUGAUUAUGUUUGUGAUGGUCAUUCGGUGAAUGUGGGCACAGGUGCAACUGUUCGAGCAAAAGGAAACGCUGCUACACAUUCAACUGUAGAGAAUGUUCAACAAAUUCACUCAAGUGCCAUGUCACAGGAGACACAUGUUGCGAGUUCAGCAAGUGCUACCAGCCAAGUUGUUGAAGAGCACAGUCACCCAGUCCAAGUCAGUGAUGUUGAAUCUUAUGAAGAUGGAUCCUUUAACAUACAACACGGAACGGUCUUUGGAGCCGCAGCUGCGGCUUCGGCUACUUCUUCGGCCUCCACAGGACUGAGCCAGUCCGUCGUUCAAAAUGCGGAACAAGUUGUUACUAAUCGACAUUCAGCAAUUGCAAGUAGUCAUGCAAGUAUCAAUGCACAGGAAGGGUCAGCCGCUGCCUUGCUACAGGGAACAGUUGGCUCGUCUGCUCGCGCUAAAAGUGAAGUAAUCUCAGCUGAUCAAGGUCUUGUUCAGUCAGGAGUAGAAGUUGGUCACGUAAUCGUAAAUGCAGAUUCAGAAAUAGUGGGUGCAGAUGCAUGCGCAAGUUCAUCGAACUUGGCUGAUCAAGCAGUAAUUGCAGGUUCCAACCUACAUACUGGAGGUCAUGUCAUAGUCAAUUCUCAUUCAGGCCUAACGAAUGUGCAUUCUCAUGCUGUUGGUUCCAUUUCUGACGUAUCUAGUCAGUCAACACAAAUAAACCAAGAACACGUUCAGUCCGCAGCGCAUAGCGUUAGCGAAAGUCUGAGUUCUCAGUCGGCUGCAUCUGCUACUGCUAGCGCAAGUGCCAGUUCGGUGAUAAUUGAUCAAUCAGUUUCUAGUUCAGCCGGAGGUGUCAAAAGUCAUACAAUUCAGUUAGACGAUGAUUGUGACGUCGAUUCUGCGGAUUUAAUUUAUUCGAAUCAUGGAUUAGGUAAUUCACAAUCACAAAGUCGUAGUCAGAGCUUCGCAAGUGCACAGUCUUCAGCCAAUUCAAACGUACAAAGUAGAAAUCAAGUAGGUCACAAAUUAACACAAAUAAACAAUGGAUUUGUUAAUUCCGCAGGGCAUAGCGUUAGCGAAAGUGUGAGUUCUCAGUCGGCUGCAUCUGCUAGCGCAAGUGCCAGUUCCGCGAUAAUUGAUCAAUCAGUUUCUAGUUCAGCCGGAGGUGUCAAAGGUCAUACAAUUCAAUUAGACGAUGAUUAUGACGUCGAUUCAGCGGAUUUAACUUAUUUGAAUCAUGGAUUAGGUAAUUCACAAUCACAAAGUCAUAGUCAGGCCUUUGCAAGUGCACAGUCUUCAGCCAAUUCAAACGCACAAAGUAGCACUAAAGCAACAGCCAGUACAAGAACAGAACAAAUCAAUCUGGCAUCUGCAGCAAGUGCAAGUCAAGUAGUAGCGUCAAAACAAGAUCUAAUCCAAUCAGAAGUACAAUCUGGCGCUACCGUCGCAGGUUCAAAUGCGAAUGUGAUAACUUCAAGUACGAAUACAAAUGCACCCUGCGACGUUGCUGAUGAAUCGAUAGCAGACAGGCAUACUGGAAUUGAGUCAAAUGUGCAAAUCAGUUCGUCAUUAGAUCAUGCUAAUAGCGUUGCUAGUUCUGUUGCUGGAAGUAGCGUCAAUUCCAUUGCCGAAGCAGAAAGUCGAAUUAGCGCAACAGAAAGUGCAAUUGACUCGACAGUCGGUAACGUCAAUCAGUUUGUGAUUGGCUCGCAAGCUUUCGAUGUCGCUGACUAUCUGAGUGCGCCCAAGGUGCAAGAAGUUGACAUAGUAAUAAAUUCAGAAAGUGGAAUGGCAAAGGCUGCAAGUUCCAGCAGCAGUUCUAUUGAAUCCAGUAGCAGCACUAGCCAAUCCAGUAGCAGCGUUAUUGACUCCAGUUCAACCGUAAGUGGAGUCAGCAGCCUUGCUGCACAAUCAGAUGUGGCGGCAAGCGCGAAAAGUGCAACUGCAACUGAAGCUAGUAUUUCUCAACUCGAUAGAAACUUGUAUGCAGGUGCGAAGGUCUCGCAAAGGAAUGACCAUGGAACUCGGGCUCGUUGGUACAAUAAUGGCAGAAUUCCAGUACAGAAAACUAAACUUCCUAUACGUCAAAUAUAUAUAGUAGAAAAUGAUCCUAGAAACGUGUACCCAGUCAAUGCAGAGAACUACGGUAGUCCGUGCGACGAUGAACUGGAGGAGGAAGUGGAUGAUGAUAUUCUUAAGUCUGCGAUAGAUAAGGGAUCGAGAUUAGUAGAGAGAGUUAUCAACGACGCAGCCAUUGAAUAUAAUAUGAACGAAAAUACUGGCCUUAAAGAAAAGAUUGUCGACUUAGCUGUGAGAACUGUAAAAAAUUUAGUAUCGAAUGUGGCUUCCGAAGCUGCUAGAAAAAUAUCCUACGGAGAAGUAGAUAGGGCGGACAGUGAAUUAGAAAAUUAUAAAUCGACAAUCUCAAAUUCCGGAUUUGAUUUCGUUGAUAUGGGAGGAAAUGAAAAGUGUCCAAUUCGAGGCAAUUGGAAUACAGAGAAUUUACAUGACUACGACUGGUAUCACAACAGGCCACGUUCACAUCGAAAUAGACACCGAGGUCCAUAUUACGAUGAUAACAGCAAUCGAUUCGUAGCUGAAAAACGUAAUCGUUAUCGUAACGAAAGAGGAAUCGAUCGCCAGGACGGGAAUGCAUUUGAACGUAAAUUUUUGGACAAUUUGUAUUUCGAUGGAAAAAUACAUCAUUUUGAAUUUUUGAACGAGAAAUUUAUCCCAUCGGAAGCGGAGAUUGACCAUAACAAAUUGUACAAUUUGAAUUUGUACGAUAACACACGAUUCAUCGACCUGGAUCUUAAUUGCAGUGACGCAUCAAUGUGCAUGACUCCAGAAUGCAAACGACUCGAUUACUCUUUAAAAUCGCCAAACGAAGGAAAUCCCAUACCAUUACGAUUCAUAAAAACGCACUUGAGUCAAGGCCAUGAUCUUGCUCUUGGUAUGCACGAUCGUGCAAGGUGGUUAGUUUCUGGCGGAUUUCAACCAAAACCACACACGGGCUCCAUGCUUCAUUUUUUGAAUAAUAAAGUCGAAGACUCCAUAGUGAAGAUUCAUGAAGAAUCCGAGUUGACGUUAUUUGCAGCAAAACUUCUGCAGGAGAGGUUAUCUACAGAGUACGAUUUCACGCCUAAUACUUUAUUCGAGUUUUUACAUAAUCAUGGAUUCCGCGUUACCGGCAGUGGGAUAUGUCAAACGCGACCAAAGCGUUGCAGUAGUUUCGCCAAAUAUCGUAGUUACGAUGGUUCGUGUAAUAAUUUUCAUAAUCCCAGGUGGGGUCAGGCGAACACAGCAUUUACAAGAGUGGUACCACCACGUUAUUCAGAUGGAAUUCACAAGAUUCCAGUCAGCGUAACAGGAGACGAAUUGCCCAACGUUAGAGAAUUGAGUGUGCAAUUGUUUCAACAUCGAAAUAUAAGUAAUGCCGAUUUUACUUUAGCAGUUGUUCAAUGGGGACAAGUUUUGUCUCAUGACUUUGCCCAUCAGAUAAUGGACCAAACAAUCGGUGGUGGAAUUGAAUGUUGUUCCAGUGAUGGGCAUGAACAAUUGCCUAAGAGUUUGCAGCAUCAUUCUUGUAUGCCGAUUGUCUUAUCACCCAGAGAUAAAUUUUACUCAAAAUAUGGACAACGUUGUAUGAAUUUCGUUAGAUCAAUGACCGUUUCAAAGGACGAUUGCACUUUAGGACCAGCUGAACAGCUGAAUGGCGCUACAAGCUAUUUAGAUUGCUCGCCAAUGUAUGGAUCUGAUAAGAACACUUGUGAUAGUCUGAGGGUGUUUCAUGGUGGGCUUUUGAAGACAGAAAUACGACAGGGUCGUUCGAUGAUGCCUACUACAACUGAUCGGUCUCGUUUUUGUGACAUAAGAUCACCUUCGGAAGUUUGUUACAAAGGGGGUGAUGUUCGGGUCAAUCAAAAUCCACAUUUGGUCGUUUUACAAACACUUCUGGUGAGGGAACAUAAUCGCUUAGCAGAAGAAUUAUCAAAAUUAAAUCGGCAUUGGAGCGACGAGCAGAUUUUCCAAGAAGCUAGAAAAAUUGUCAUUGCCGAAUAUCAACACAUCACUUAUCACGAGUGGUUACCUGUUGUGCUUGGCAAACAAUAUUGUAAGAAACAUAGAUUAAUUCCUAUCGAAUCAAUAAUGACGACCGAUUAUAAUUCAAGAGUGAAUCCUGCGGUUAUAAAUGGUUUCGCCACAGCAGCUUUCAGAUUUUUCCACUCUAUGGUGGAUGGUAAUCUUGACCUAUGCCCCAUGGAUCGCAGCAUUGCUCAUUCGCUGCGCCUUAGUAAUCAUUAUUUCCGACCGCAAAUUGUUGAACGCAGCAAUAAUUUUGAUGAUCUUGUUCGCGGAUUCGUUACUCAACCAAUGAUGGCACCAGAUCGUUUCUUCGAUUCGGAACUGACCGAAUAUCUAUUCCGAUCGAGGAACGAGUACGGUUUGGAUUUGGAAGCGAUCGACAUACAGAGAUCACGAGAUCAUGGACUUCCGGGAUAUAAUGCUUAUCGUAAAAUAUGCAAACUGAGAUAUGCGGAGGACUUCGAUGAUCUCAUUGGUGAAAUUCCGCGGGAAGGUAUCGAGAAACUUCGGAAUAUUUAUGCACACGUGGACGACAUUGAUUUGCUGGUCGGUGGAUCUAUGGAAACACCAAUUGCUGGUGGUAUUUUAGGACCCACUGUAAGAUGUCUUGUUGGCGAGCAAUUCUAUAGGAGUCGUGUUUCUGAUCGUUACUUUUACGAUAAUGCCAACUUUCCACAUUCUUUCACAGAAGGUACGUUUACGUCAGUUUAAUUAAUUAUGAUUAUUUUCUUGAAAUUAGUAUUCAUACUAAAUACAUACUUUUUCCUUUGCAUACAGAACAAUAUGAGGAGGUCAAAAAAGUAUCUCUUGCUCGUCUCAUCUGCGAUACUUCAGAUGACCUUAAAGAGAUACAGUAUCAUGCUUUCAAAACAAUAUCAUGGAAAAAUCCUUUAAUUCCUUGCUGUGACAUACCAAAACUCAAUCUCACAGCAUGGCAAGAAUGAGAUGAUUGAAAACAAAAUAAGGAUUCAGAUAGAAUGGAUGAGAAAGAUUUCAGUUGAUUAGACAAAGAUAAAAAUAAUUUUAGCGUCAUAUAUUAUUCUUUUUUUAGUAUUGUUAUUGACUGCCUAAUGUUAAAUUGGAUGGCACGUUGAUGUUCAAUACGAUUAUAUGUGAUGUAUAAAAAAAUACAUUGUACAUGUAUCAUACAACAA